CUGCUCUUGCUCCUGCCCCUGUUCGGCUGCAGGCUCUUGGCCGUGGAACUGACAUCCAGCAACACCAAGCCCGUGGUGCAGGAAUUCCAGAGCGUUGAGCUGUCCUGCAUUAUUAAAUCCACUGUAACACCAGACCCCAGAAUCGAGUGGAAGAAAAUCCGAGAUGGCGAAACCUCUUAUGUAUUUUUUGACAAUAAAAUGCAGGGUGACUUUGCAACUCGGGCAGAAAUUCUGAGCCGGACAUCACUGGUGAUUAAAAACACCACCCGCAUGGACACGGCCACGUACCGCUGUGAAGUGGCAGCACCUUCUGAUACCAAAACCAUAGAUGAGAUAAAUAUCCAGCUCACAGUCCAAGUGAAACCCGUGACCCCGAGAUGCACGGUGCCCAAAGCUGUGCCUGUGGGUAAGACAGCCUCCCUCCACUGCCACGAGAAUGAAGGUUACCCCAAAUCUACGUACAGCUGGUAUCGCAACAGCGAACCUUUAUCACCAGACACGAAAUCGAAUGCCAGAUUCCAGAAUUCCUCCUACAGCUUAAAUCCCACCACAGGCACUCUGGUUUUUCAUGCUGUGCACAAAGGUGACACGGGCCGGUACUCCUGCAUUGCAACAAACGAUGCUGGCUUUGCCAAGUGUGAGGAGCAGGAGAUGGAAGUCUAUGACCUCAACAUUGGUGGGAUAAUUGGUGGAGUCCUGGUGGUCCUAGCAGUGCUGGUGCUCAUCACUCUCGGUAUCUGCUGUGCCUACAGGAGGGGCUACUUUGCAAACAGUAAAGAGAGUGGGGAAAGCUACAAGACUCCAGCAAAACCUGACGGUGUUAACUAUAUCCGGACAGAUGAUGAGGGUGACUUCAGGCACAAGUCUUCAUUCGUCAUAUAAGAUGCCAAAGGAAUACUGCAAACCAGCAAAAGCAAGUGUGAAAAUACCUCCUCCAGGAACUCGAAGCGAGAGCAAAAGAUGAAUUAAGUGCGCUUGGAAGAGUUUGGAACACACAAGGACUUGAUAGCUAGCUAUCUGUAUAUCUUUUUUUUUUUUUCUUUGCCAAAGUUUAAAGCAACUCCUCACUGCCCAACUUGCGUCUCCCCCGCCUCUGGAGACACCAACAGGAUCCCCUAAACCUGUCCUCGGAGUAAGGGAGAUAAAUACUUCCCAAGAGACUGUGCUCUGGAAGUCUGUGGAAUUGCCUUCUCUUUGUGCUGCAGGGACACAGCCGCAAUGCGCAAAGCAACCAGGGAGUAGCGUUACGUAGACAUUACUAGUAGGACAAAAAGGUGCUGAUACAGCGGUAGGACUGCAAAGAAUAAGUGUUACCCAUGCAAGGGGGAAGUCCUCCUCUCGGCAGUUUGCUGCCCAGGCCAGGCUGGUGACUUGUGAUUGUCUUGUGCUUUCGACCACGACUGUUCAGGUGCAGAAUAGGUACCUGACCAGUUGACAGGCACGCAUAUGCAACUAAUGCUCUCAGCCCCUUUUGUCGACUUACUGAGCCCUCGUUACUCCAUUUAACAAGAGACACGGGCAGCAUCAGGCCGGAAGGGCUGCUGCUGGUCACCGCUUUACAGAAAACUCACUGCACGCAGGUAACCCCUCAUUCUAAUCUGCACAAAGCAGGCUUCCCUCUUGCGUCUUUCGGUGCGUUAAAGAGGCUUACAGCGGAGGCAGAGAACCUAGUGCUAGGACAUCCCUUUCAGGAAAAUCAAAGCCAAAUAGUUCUGCGGGCCCAGAGUCCCAGAAAAGGUACUGAGAUGGUUUUCUGAGCUUUUUUUUACCCUUACUUUUGUAAAAUCCCACAUUCUAAAUUUUUUGCAAAGAUCUAUUUUGAUUACUUCAGAAAAGGUAACGUUUCUAUUUAAAGUGUAAAUACGUGAUGCCAGCAGUGUUUAAGUAACGUAGCUAUUUUCUUUUUUACUUUCUAAGCUACAGAGGAGAGCUCAAACGUUGCUAUAGUAUGGCACUAUCAGAGCAUAUCAGUGUUACUGCAGAGCGCAAUACAAAGCUGCAGGUGGAACAGCAUCUCUUUCCUCUUAAGCUACCCUCAGCAAUUUCCUUGUCACGUGAGGUCUUACAAGACACAGAACAGAGUCACUCAGGGAUAGUUUUUGUAAAUUUAUGGCAGGACCUAUCAACUUUUUUAUACAUUGAACUUACUUUUCUUGCCAGUGACCAACACUCGGUUUUUGUCGUUGCAAGAAAUAUCCAGGGAUGGCUUUUUGGAUUCAGUUCCAACAAGGUGACAGAGUGACUUUACUGUUUGCUCCCCCCUCUGCAAAAUCCCUGAAGCACCAACGCGCUGUGGCAGCGUUACAGGUUUCGAUUGCAUAGCCAAGCAACUGUUUCUGGAGCUGGGAAAGCAAAAGGUCAAUAGAUAAGCGCUGUUGUAGUGCCAGUUGCAACUUUUCUCUAGAUGGUAAAAGAAAAAAAAAUAAUAAUAAAAGAUAAAUCUAGGUCUCUUUGCGUUAAAGAGACUAAAUGGAAACUCGUGUUGACGCAUGAGUUGGUAGUGUUGAAAAGCAGUGGGUAAAACUGCAAGAUGUGGAUGCAACACUAGAACUGUGCUGUGGUUUAAGAAUUUUUUUUUUUUUAAAUGUAGCAUAAUUUAGUAUUCUUGUAUUCCCAAUAUGAAUUGUCUUAACUUCUCACAUAGACGGUAUUUUGAAUACUUGAUUUGGACUGUCAGUGUUAUUUUUUAGCGUUCUGCAUUCAUCUGCUUUGUUUGCUCGGGGCCUCGCUGGACAUGCCAUUGCUGCAUUUGUUUUACCAAGGCAAAGCAUUACCACUUUUCCUUUUGCUAAUGAAAGCAAAACUAAGGCUAGGGCACUAAUAACGAUUCUUUCUCUAACCAAGACACAACCACUGCCCCUUUUCAACUCCAUUUUGGCAACCUUAUGGCAGUGCUCACCAGCUGCAUGCUGCCUCUCAUCAUUACAACAGCAGUGAGCAUAACAUUCCUUUGCACUUUCUGUAUAUCCACUUUUCUGUGCUGCUUGUAGGAUACUCGUAAUAAGGGAGAAAAAGGAAAAUGGUUGAGCCAGGGUAGCUCUGGGCACUAUGGGAGUACAAUCUACAGUCUUGCUAUGAGCCAAAGGCAGCCGUCACGCGGGAAGCGGGCAAGCUAAGAAUCACAACUUCAUUUUCAGUUCUGCAAUGUGACAGUGGCAUUUCUAACGAGGGGAGGGGAGACGAGCCCCCAGCACAGCUCAUGAGAUCUGAUGGAUGGAACUUGUUGUAUCAUUGUGAAUAAUUUUUAGGUUUGUACUAAUGUAUGACGUUUAACUUUGCCAAGAAUGUUUUACAUAAAUACCGAGCUCUAAAGCGUUCUUGUGGGUUCUUCUAUGUUUGUUUUCUUUAAAAAAAAUAAUCUAAUUGCAGGCUUCUGCUUUGAAGGCAGUGGAAGAGAAGUGUUUUCUCUGAGCACUCACUUGAGUUGGGCUGCAGGAAGUCCAAGGCACGUUACUGUUCAGUUUGUUCUGGGGCAGUUGUGGGUCCUUGGUUCUUUCUAUAGGAGACAGAUCAAUGCUCGCAGGGCUGAUCUUCGUGCUGCUCUGGGACAGAGCAAAAGCUAGAAGGCAUAAAUUCGGAAAUAAAAUUGGAAUCUGAGUAAGUUAACCACUUCAUAUGUAAGGUAACCUUUUAUUGCAGGAAAAGAAGGACAAAAUAAAUGAAUGUGGCCAUAAUUAACCAUUGCUUAAGCCAAAGCCAUUCCAUGCAUCUCCUUAGGUUUUUACUUUGAUUUUGAGAAUAAAGUUUAACCUCACUUGAA